AUGGCUUCCUCCAUGACCUAUAUAGCUGCCUGCGCCGCGGCAUUGGCGACCUUCGUCGCUCUGCUCCGCUGGGCGUACCGAUGGAGCCACCCCAAGUGUAGGGGCAGGCUCCCGCCGGGCUCCAUGGGCAUCCCUCUCCUCGGCGAGACGAUGCAGUUCUUCGCGCCCAACCCGAGCUGCGACGUGUCCCCCUUCGUGAAGGAGCGGGUGAAGCGGUACGGGAGCAUCUUCAAGACGAGCAUCGUGGGGCGGCAGGUGGUGGUGUCGGCGGACCCGGACAUGAACUACUUCGUGUUCCAGCAGGAGGGGAAGCUGUUCGAGAGCUGGUACCCGGACACCUUCACCGAGAUCUUCGGCCGCGACAACGUCGGCUCCCUGCACGGCUUCAUGUACAAGUACCUCAAGACCCUGGUGCUCCGCCUCUACGGCCAGGAGAACCUCAAGGCGGUGCUCCUCGCCGAGACGGACGCCGCCUGCCGCGGCAGCCUCGCCUCGUGGGCGGCGCAGCCCAGCGUCGAGCUCAAGGAAGGCCUCUCCACAAUGAUAUUUGAUCUUACCGCCAAGAAGCUGAUCGGCUACGAGCCGUCCAAGUCGUCCGAGAGCCUGAGGAAGAACUUCGUGGCGUUCAUCCGCGGGCUGAUUUCUUUCCCCGUCAACAUCCCCGGCACGGCCUACCAUGAAUGCAUGGAGGGGCGGAAGAAGGCGAUGAAGGUGCUCAAGGGCAUGAUGAAGGAGCGGAUGGCGGAUCCCGAGCGGCGGUGCGAGGACUUCUUCGACCACGUGAUCCAGGAACUUCGGAGGGAGAAGCCGCUCCUGACGGAGACCAUCGCGCUGGACCUCAUGUUCGUGCUCCUCUUCGCCAGCUUCGAGACCACGGCGCUGGCGCUCACCCUCGGCGUCAAGCUCCUCACCGAUAACCCCAAGGUCGUCGACGCGUUGAGGGAGGAGCACGACGCGAUCGCCAAGAACAGGAAGGACCCGGAUGCCCCCGUCACGUGGGCCGAGUACAGAUCGAUGACCUUCACCAAUCAGGUCAUCAUGGAGAUGGUGAGGCUCGCAAACAUCGUGCCGGGGAUAUUUCGAAAGGCCCUGCAAGAUGUUGAGAUUAAAGGCCAUACGAUUCCGGCAGGAUGGGGUGUCAUGGUGUGCCCACCGGCAGUGCACUUAAACCCUGACAUCUAUGAAGAUCCGUUGGCGUUCAACCCAUGGAGGUGGCAGGGCAAACCUGAAAUCACCGGUGGAACGAAACAUUUCAUGGCGUUUGGAGGUGGCCUCAGGUUUUGCGUUGGGACUGAUCUUAGUAGGGUCUUGAUGGCAACAUUCAUCCACAGCUUGGUUACAAAAUACAGUUGGAGGACAGUAAAAGGAGGGAACAUAGUCCGGACCCCCGGUCUCGGCUUUCCUGAUGGCUUCCACAUCCAGCUUUUUCCGAGAAAUUGA